AUGAACGACCUAAUGACCAAAUCAUUCACAAGCUACGUCGACCUAAAAAAAUCAGCGAUGAAGGAUCUCGAAUCCGGACCCGACUCCUCCUCCGAUCUCGAGAUGACGAACAAAACAGACUCUCACCUCUCCUCUUUCCUCGAAGAAGCUGAGCAAGUCAAAUCAGAAAUCUCUCUAAUCAACGAAACACUCUCUCGUAUCUCACAAUACAACGACGAGAGCAAAUCCACGCACAAAUCAGACUCCGUGAAGUCUCUCCGCAACAAAAUCUCCAACGAGAUCGUCUCCGUUCUACGAAAGGCCAAAUCGAUCAAAUCCAAGCUUGAGGAGAUGGACAGAGCGAACCGGGAGAUUAAACGGUUAUCCGGAGGAAAUCCGGUUUACAGAAGCAGAGUGGCGGUUACUAACGGUUUGAGGAAGAAGUUAAAAGAAGUGAUGAUGGAGUUUCAAGGGCUGAGGCAGAGGAUGAUGAGUGAGUAUAAAGAGACCGUUGAGAGACGUUACUUUACCGUUACUGGUGAGAGACCUGACGAAGAGAUGAUCGAGAAGAUUAUUAAUGAUAGAGGUUGUGAAGAGUUUCUCACGCAAGCGAUUCAGGAGCAUGGGAGAGGGAAGGUUUUGGAAACUGUUGUUGAGAUUCAAGAUAGGUAUGAUGCGGCGAAGGAGAUAGAGAAGAGUUUGUUGGAGCUUCACCAGGUGUUUCUUGACAUGGCUGUGAUGGUUGAAGCGCAAGGUGAGCAGAUGGAUGAGAUCGAGCAUCAUGUGAUGAACGCUAGCCAUUAUGUUAAAGAUGGAGCUAAUGAGCUCAAGACUGCGAAGAAGCAUCAGAGAAACAGUAGGAAAUGGAUGUGUAUUGGUAUCAUUGUGUUGCUUUUGAUCAUUCUUGUUGUUGUCAUCCCCAUCAUUACCAGUUUCACCUCUUCUUGA